AUGGAUACCCACUAUUUUAAACCUCCACUCCCCUUAUCACCAAACGCGCGAACGACCUCGGCCACUUUCCCAUUGACCCAUGGAUCACCCUCCGCUCCCCGAUCCGAUGACCAGCCCACCUUGGAUCGAGACCCGUUUGCAGACAACCAGAAUGGACACGACGCGAGCUUAGCCGGCACAGGCCAUCGACGUCACCAGAGCCGUGAUUUCGUGAACUCGUUAGACAACACUCUAUCACACGCCCGACCGCGAACCGUUCCGAAACCGGUGGAGCUUCCGAGCUUCGAUGAAAUCAAAUCCCAGCAUCCCAAUCACCACCAUCGACACAAACACAGCAAGUCGCGCGAACUGCGAUUUCCACGGCCCAUGACCCAUUUUACAUCGUCGGCUAGUGCCCGAGGCUUAUUCCCUUCUUGGUCGGGAGGUCGGGAUAAAGAGCGUGACAGCGACAAUGGGCUGCUCCGACCUCUGACGAGAGAGGCGACGCGGUCUCGAUGGGGAUCGGAUUCGACCGGUCGCCUCAGCUCGGGGAGCAGGAGGGGAAGUCUGCUGGAUGUACCCGAACAACAUGAGCGAUUGGGUCCCAUUCAACGGCAGGAUCUCUCGUCAAUGGAGGAUCUGGAGAAGGUGAAGAAGCGUCGGGAACAGGGCGAAAGACAUAUCCGGUCCGCGCUGUCGGAAAUUGGAACUCUUGCGACCGAACUGACCCGACGUCUGGACUACACCUACUACAAUCUGUUGGAGAAGAUCACGGCGCUCAACUCGACCAUCAGCUCUUUCCAGGAGCUUUCCGACUCGGCGGCGACCCUCUUGAAUGAGUUUGAAAAGGAAACAUCCAGUCUGGACCAAGACAUCCGAAAGCAAAUCAACGAUCUUCAAGGAUUCGAACCACAGAUUCACAAGGCGGAUGCGCUGGCUGAGCGGAUGCAAAAGGGCCGGCGGCGAGCAGAGGAGCUGAACAAGCGGCUUGACGGGGUUAAGUCGGCAAUCGAUCGCUGGGAGCAAAAAGAGGCUGAGUGGCAGACACGCACGAGCCGGCGCUUGCGCAUCUUCUGGGGAAUUGUGACUAGUGCAGCUCUUGUGCUUCUCCUGGCGGUGACCGUUCGGAGAUGGCCAGCUGAGGGUUCAUUACAACAGGCAGGUCCUCCCGCCAUUCCACCCACGGCGGAGGCCGUGAACCAGUCUGCAGCAGGAUUCUCUUCACAGUCCGAUAUGUGGGACCCUCUUCGGGGCGUUGACGAGUCCACUAGCACACCCGAAUCAGCCUGGUAUCCAGCAAGACUUGCAGAGAGACUUCGGCAUCUUGAGCAGACUCAGACAUUGUCAGACGCGUCCUCCACCUCCAGAUCACCGGCUAGUACGGGGGUAUCUCAAACGGGACAUGACCCGUUCAGACUGCUCGAUGAGCUUUGA